GCUCAGACCAGAACACACCAUGGAGUUGACAUGGUUACACCUCUGACCGCCUGGGCUGCAGAGUCGCCCUCUGCUCUGCAAAAAACCCUUUAGACUUUAGUGUGUGUGUGUGUGUGAAUGUGUUUGUUUAGUGUGUGCUUUUGUAGAUGGUAUCCUGAUAGCCUGUUAGAGGCCAGGAUGCUUCUUUGUAAAUAAGUUGUAUAUUUGGGACAUUAUGCUUUGGAGAAGGAGCUAGCAUGUCUAACGGUUACCGGACUCUUAAUCGCGGAUACGCCUUGUCAGUGGCUGUCCAUUAAACAUGGACUCCGUAUUCACCUGUGAUACGGAGGGAAUUUCCAUUUCUGACCUAUAACGGACAUGUCGAGCAGUGUUGGUGCUCUCUGACCGUCAUGUCUAACGGUUACCGUACUUUGUCACAGCACCUGAAUGACCUGAAGAAGGAGAACUUCAGCCUCAAGCUCCGCAUCUACUUCCUGGAGGAGAGGAUACAGCAGAAGUAUGAGGAGAGCAGCGAAGAUGUCUACCGCACGAACAUCGAGCUGAAGGUGGAAGUAGAGAGCUUGAAGCAGGAGCUCCAUGAGAAACAGCAGCUUCUGGAUAAAGCUCUCAUAACAGCAGAGAGCUUAACCAAUCACAAUGAGGCAGAGCUGCAGAGGCGCUGUCAGGAGCGACAGCAGGAAAUCGAUCACAUGCAGCAAGUGCUUGAGACCAAGAUUCAACUCCUGCAGGAGGAGGCCCAGCUAGCACGCAGCGAGGCUGAUCGCAUGGCCUCACUGGCUGGAUCACACUCCCAAGCCUCCCUCCUGUCCCUCGACAUCCCCAUGGAGGAUAUCCCCGAGGACGAGAGGCCACUGAGCAUCCAUUUCCCGUCAGGCACCAACAAAGACAGGUUGAUAGAGGAGCUGACUAAAGAGCUUUGCUCCAAGGAGGCGAUCAUCACAGAGCUGAGCGGAGAUAAGACAACUCUCACACUGAGAGUGGGGGAGCUGGAGGGACAAGUUCAGGAGUUGUCUUCAUCUCUGCUGCAGAAAGACAAGGAUGUGGAGUAUUAUCAGGAGGAACUCGGUCAAGAAAGACUGCGCAUAGAACAGGAGAUGCAGGUCUUGUUCAGGCAGCCACAUCGUUAUCAGCCGGGAGGAUCUCCGACCGAGCCCGGUGAGCGCGUGUCUGCCUCCGUGGCUGUCAGUAAAGUCUCUGCAAUGAAUGAAGAGUCGCCUCUUCGGACACAGACACCGCGUAAAGACUUAAAAGGACCGUCCCAGCACGCCUGUUACUGCUCUGUGUCCUGGAAAAGGACAGCGGAUAAUUACCUUUCCCCCGGACCUGACGGAGUGCGGUGCGGCUCGUGUGUCCGUCACAGCAGGUCGAUGGUGCAGGAGCGACUGCGAUGCUCCCGGGGAAUGCUUGAUCUCAAGAUGAAGGAAACGUGUCGCAUCUGUGGACGGGAGCUCUGUGGUAACCAGCGACGAUGGAUCUUCCACCCCACUGCCAAACUCAAUCUGCAGGUGCUGCUGUCUCACGCCCUCGGGCAAGAGCUGACCCGGGAUGGCAGAGGAGAGUUCGCCUGCUCUAAGUGCACCUUCAUGCUGGACCGCAUGUAUCGCUUUGACACAGUGAUUGCCCGAGUAGAGGCACUGUCCAUCGAGAGGCUGCAGCGGCUCCUACAGGAGAAACAUCGGCUGAGGCAUUGCAUUGGAGGUCUCUACCGAAAAACAAAUUCAGAGGAGGGUGCUGUAACAAUAACUGGGGGUAAUGAAGGACCAGGAGAUGGGAUGGUGGACAUUUCAGGUCUCACUCAUGCAAAGUACUGCGCCCUGCUCCAAGACGACAUGGUCUACUCUUUGUAUGAGUCCUGGGCCGAGGACGGUCUCGACUCUCAGCACCACUACCCUCAGUGUGCUGUAGGUGCAGGUUCAGAGGUAACAGUUGCAGGCUCACAUCGAUGUGUACAUAGCACACCCAGGAAGUGUGGUGGAUGUUCGUAUUGGCGAGUUGCAGACUCGGACUAUGAAGCUGUUUGUAAGGUGCCAAGGAAGCUGGCAAGAAGUAUUUCCUGCGGGCCGUCAACCAGAUAUUCAGCCAGUGUUAUCGGAGGGAGUGUGACAGGAGAAGCAGGAGAGAAGAAACAUGUGGAGGAUUCAGAAGAAGCCCCCUCCUCUUUGACUCUGGUCCCUGGUUCUCAGGACCCCUCAAGGAAGUCUGACAGCGAUCGCACCCUGGCAGGACAAGCCAGCUCCAGCCCUUCCAUAGCAUCCUUGGAGACAACCGAGGAGUAUAUCCACCCUGGAGGCUUAACGGAUGGACUCCUCAGCUCCCCAAGGGACCCUAUUGAUGAUCGGUUAUAUGACUCUCUCUCUGAGGAGCAACAGGGAGCCUCACAUGACCCAGCCUCACCCGGACCCAGCCUCUCUCUGGCUUUGUGUUUGCUGCAGAGCUACACCAUCUACAGACCGGUCCGGAGCUCUAAGGGGAGCAAGCUGCCAGUCCUCCUCAGACGGAGCUCCAGUAAUGGAGGCCUAAGACUGGACCUCCCUAAUCCUGUUCUGGGAUUCUCUUAUGAAACUCAAGUUGGAGAAAGAGACAACCACAUAAGAACACCUGAGCUGGAGACCCCCCUGAUCCAUUUUGGCAUUCAGAAUCUGAAUCUGGCUGACAUGGAAGAAUUAAUGCAAGAUUUGUACAAAGAGUAUCCUCGCCCACCUCCUCACCAGAGCCUGGUUGAAGAGCAGCAAAGCCAACUAAACCAGUACGAGUGUGCAGCUGGUCAGUGUGUGAGUGAGCUGCAGAAGGCCCAGCUCCAGGUCCAGUCCCUGCAGGCAAAGAUCCACGAGAGUGAGGCCAACAAUAUGAAGCUGCAGGAGAAGCUAAAUGAGAUGGAGUGUGAGCUGCGUUCAAUCCGUCAGGCGGCUCAGAGUCAAGAAAGAACCAUUCAGGGUCUAACGGAGUCCAUCGGCAGCAAAGACUGCGAGGCCCAGGAGCUGUACCAGCUGAUUGAAGGGCAGAACACCACGCUGUGUAAGCUGAGAGAGAUGGCUCACCACAACCAGCUCUCUAAAUGCAAGGCUCCAGAGGGGGUCAGUGAGUCCCUAACACUUGCCCACCUGCAAGCAGAGCUGGUGGGGGUGCAGAGCUCCCUGUUCUCCCUCGGUCUGGAGCUGGAGGCCAGCCAGAGGAGUCUGAGGCAGAGCCAGAGACAAGGAGAGGACCUGGUGCAGUUUAAGGAUCGACUCAACUCUGAUCUGCAGGAAGCUCUGCAGCACAGGGAGGUCACUGAGAAACACAACCAGGACCUGCGCAGCGCCCUUCAGAAAACUCGCUCUGAUCUUCAAGCCAAAGAAUCCGCUUUGAAGGAGAGUGAGGCAGAGAGAAACACUUUGGUGCAGGAGAAAGAGAGGAGCAUCACACAGCUCAAACACUCUCUGGAGGACAAGGAGCAACAACUACAGGAGUACUCUGAGAUGUUGGACUCAGCAGGAAGCUCCAAACCAAGAGAUGCUCUACUGGAGAAACUUAAAGAGAGGGUUAAAGAUAGAGACAGAGCUCUGGAGCGCUCUAUUGAUGACAAGUUUCGCUGCGUGGAGGAGCGCGAGGAGCAGGUGAGGAGGCUGCAGCUGGCCCUCAGGGAGAAAGAGCGAGACCUGGAGAGACUGCGCUGCAUUCUGUCCAACAACGAGGAGACCAUCACGAGUCUGGACGGCUUGGUGCGCAGUAAAGAGCUGGAGCUGGAGCAGGCAGCCGAGGCAUACAGGAACCUGCAGUGGCUGAAACAGCAGAGCGAGGAGAAGGAGAGAGGCACUCAGAGAGAAAAAGACACCAUCAUCAAUCAGCUACAGGCAGCCCUACAGGCACGCAGUCAGGAGACACAGAAUCUGACAGCUGCCCUAGUUGCCAGAGUUCAUGCUGGUCCUUCUGAGGUCGUAGAGGAGUUGAAGGCUCGACUGGUGUUGAAGGAGAAACUCUUUGAAGAGCUUCUGUCAGACCGCAGCCGUCAGUCGAAUGAACACCAGGCUCAGGUGCAGGACAUGCUUAACACUCUGAGCUCCAAAGACCAGUAUCUGCAGGACUACUCUUACAGGCUCUCGGUUGUGAUCACAGAGCAGACAGGUCAGCUGCAGGAGCUGCGCAGACAGCUGUCAUUAAGAGAGCAGGAGCUGUGUGUGCUGAAACGAGAAAAAGAGAGAGAGAUGAUGGGAGGAGAAACACAGCACCUGCGGAGUCUGCUCAAAGAGAAAGAAGCCUUCAUAAAGGAGCUGAUGCAGAAUCAAGAAGAGACCAUGCUGCCGUCCUUUAAAGAGAGCGAUGCAGAAAUAAAUGCUCUGCAGGAGGAGUUGCAACUGGUGCUGAAGAAGGAGAGGGAGGCUCAGAAGGAGCUCUCUGCUCUGCGUCUGUCUUUGUCUCACCAGCAGGCUACAAGAGCGGACAACGCAGAUCAUCAAUGUGUGCUGGAGCAGCUUGUUUCAGAGUACAACAAGCUGAACAAUGCCCUGAAGGCAGAAAAGAGAUUAUACCAAAAUCUGGCACACAUUCACACUAAGAGUGACAGCUCAGAGAAGAUCCAGGCCCUGCACACUGAGCUGGACUCAGUUCAGGCGCUGCGCACACAGCUGGAAGAGGUUCUUGCAAGGACCCGAAACAUGGCCCUUCUGAUGGAGCGGGCAUCUAAAAGGCCGCCAGACUUUGGAGGUGGGGAUGGGCAGGGUCCGGCCUCCAGGGCUGCAGGGGGCACUGGAUAUUAUUUGAUUUGUGUGUUUCCAGAGCUCAGCACGGAGGAGGAAGAAGAAGAAGAAGAAGAGGAGGGAGAAAAUAAAGAUGGCAGCAGUGACGAGUUCUCCGACAGCAUAGAGGAGGAUGAUAAAGCGACAGCCAGAUGUUUUCAGGCUCGUGAAUCUGAGGCUGUAACAGGAGCACCAAUGAGGAGUUUACUUUCCCGCAGAGCAGAUGUACAGCAACUUGAAGAGGAAAAGAGGACACUUGAAAGCCAGCUUGAAGAAAUGAAGUUCCAGCUAGAAAGGAAUGGAUACAACUCUGUGUCUCAGAUGAGGAGUGCACUGCAGAGAUUACAGCAGGAGAGUCUGGCUCUUCAAGAAAGCAGAAGAAAAGCUGCAGUUCAGAAGAAUCACAGGAGUCUCAUCCAGGAAGAGGAGGAGGAGGAGGAGGAGGAGGAGGAGGAAGAAGAUCAGGACGAUUUUGAGGAGGAGGAGGACGAAGAGGAGGAGGAGAUGUCUCCAAUGCUGUUGGGCAAGAGAGGUCCUCCGUGUGUUUCUCGGAACGACGAGGGAGUGAAGAAGCAGUGCACAUCGCAUCACCACACAGAGCAGCCUGUGAAGAGCGAGCGAGCCGGCAAAAGCAGUGAAGUGGGUGCACUCUGGCAGGAUAUAGAGGAGGGUCUUCGUGAGCAGGCGGCUCGUCUCCAGUCCGAUCUGGAUCUGAGCCACCGGGAGAACCGAGAGCUGCAGGAGAGGCUGAUGGUGUCUGAGGCCACAGUGCAAGCUCAGGCUGAACAACUGAAGGAGUACAGAGACCUGCUCACGGAGACAUCGGUUCAGCAGGCCAGUAAGCAGGUGCAGGUGGAUCUGCAGGAUCUGGGUUACGAGACAUGUGGUCGCAGUGAGAACGAGGCUGAGAGAGAAGACGCCAGCAGUCCAGAGUUUGAUGACCUGGAGAUGUGCACGUCACUCUCCCAUCAGCAGGACUACGAUGGUGUGGGCGGGAGCUGGUACCCUGGCAGCAGUAACAACAGAGGUGCUUAUGAAGGGAGGGAUGAGUCAGCGUCUCUGGAGCAUCUGGUCAAGGAUCUGCGCUCACAGCUGACCCGGUGUCACAAGGUGAUCCGUGGGCUACAGCUACGUGUCCGCUCACUGUCAACCACCAGUGACUACGCCUCCAGUCUGGAGCGAACCCCACGGAAGGUAAACUGGGCCUUUGAGACCUCACCAGCCCCUAGUGGUGUAGAGGAGGAUGAAGGCUGGAUGUCCGACACCCAAGGGAUCCGCUCGGGCUCAAAGCCCAGCAGUGAACUCCAGGAGCUGAUGGCACGAGUUGCAUCACUGGAGGCGCAGCUAAAGAGCUCCAGACUGGAUGGCAAAGGUCAAGCAGAGGAGGGGAAGUGUGCUACUUGGCCUGGAAAGUACAACUCUCUGAUCCAGACUCAGGCACGAGAGCUGUCUCACCUGAGGCAGAGGAUGAGGGAGGGGCAGGGAGUCUGCCACAUCCUCACUCAGCACCUGGGCGACACGACCAAGGUCUUUGAGGAGCUGCUGCGGUCCAAUGACAUCGACUACUACAUGGGUCAGAGCUUCAGAGAGCAGCUGGCACAGAACUCUGCCCUCGCACAACGAGUGGUCGCCAAGAUCAGAGGACGCGACCGUGCAGAGAGCCAUGAUGACAAGGCAGGCCAUGAGUUGCUUGCCUUAAGGCUGAGUAAGGAGCUCCAGCACAAAGACAAAAUCAUUGAGUCCCUCCACACCAAGCUCCAGCAGCGUCCAGAGACCCCAUCCAGCUGCCAGGCUCUCUCUGAGACCACGGACCAAUCAGACCGAACGUCUCUGGUUUCUGAUGAGUACAGAACCAACGAGGACUUGGAGCUGUGCUCUGAUUUAGAUGCCAGAGAGUUUCAGGAGGAGCAGCAUCAUGCCUCAGAACAAGACGCCCGUCCGUCCCUCCUUCCUACUCACGGUCUCCUCAAGACCUCCAGCAGCUGUCCCAACAUGCGCUGCUCAGCCCCUGUGGCUUUGAACAGUCAGUUCUCUACAGCCCUCUCCAGGCCGCCUGUCUCCUUCUCCCUCUCUGUCCCCUUUGGCCCUGAUGCCUGGGGUAAAGAAGUCCCUUCUGACCCCCAGCCCAGGGCCUUGUCUGUGAUCGCUGUGCGCCCCGAGCUGGACACACUCUACAAACAGAUGAAUGAACAGAACUGGGGCUUUGCAGUUCCCCAUGACCAGCCUCUGUACCCUCUUUCACCUGGAGCCCACAACAAGCACGACCUCUCCAGCAGCUACAGCCAGCUUUCCCAUCAUGCCUUUCAACAGUAUCAGCCGGGUGGAAUUCCCGGAAGCCAUUCGCUGAAGUCUGACUCAGGUCUUGUGACGGGAGGGACUCUGUGGGACAUGGACAACAUGGUUCAGCAGGUUGGAAGCUACUCUGGAUCACCUGGACACCAGCAGCGAGACAGCCGUGCAGGUGUGACUUUAAUAGAGGAGCACCUGCAGGAGGUGAGGUGUCUCCGUCAGCGCCUGGAGGAGUCCAUCAGGACCAACGAGAGGCUCCGACAGCAGCUGGAAGAGAGACUGGCAACUUACAGGCGUGAAGGAGGGGCCCCAACAAACAUCUACAUUCAGGGCUUGGACUCAGUCACUCAACUGUCCAACGAGAUUCGAGUCCUGAAGGAGGAAAACUUGGCUCUACAGUCACGCAUCCAGGCCAGCACAGAUUCUUGUGAGGAGGUGGUGCAGCUGAGGGAGGCGGUGUUUACAGCGCACGCUCGCUUGAAACAAGCGGAGCUGGAGGCGGAGCAGUGGAAGGAGGAGCUGAGACGACUCCAGGCUCACAGUCAGGAGCAGGGCCAGCAGAUCCACAUGUUAAGGCAGGAACGCCAGAACAGUCAGGAGAAAACCAACAGGCUCCAGCACGAGGUGUCACUGCUGCAGCAGCAGCUCUGUGAGAGCAGAGAGCUUAUCCACUCCCUGCAGAGUGAACUACAAGUGUACGACCGUGUGUGCUCCAGCACAAAGGCCAACAACAGUUACCUGUGUGAGCUUCCCGGUCUGCCAGUGGAGCUGGGGGAGCUGCUCGGGGAGGUGAGGAGUCUGCGAGCGCAGCUGCAAACCAGCGUCCAGGAAAACAGCGCCCUCAAACAGCUGGAGCUUCACAAGCAGCUUGAGCAGAAGCUUGGCGUGGUCUCUCCUCGCGCCCCCUCCCUCUCCGCCCUCACUGCCAGCCCUCAGAGAGAAAACUUUUACAGGCGGCAGCUGCUGCACGACCCGGCUCCUUCUCCACCUGUCAGGGACAUUGGUCUGUUUAACUGUGGAUCUCCUGGUCCUCCCUACUCAGACCUGGACGACUGCCAUAGCACUGCCAAUGCAGACCCUCUUGACCCUCACUCUGAGCUGGAGGGGGAUGCCCCUGACGGAUCCUUCGCAAACCGCAACGGCCGUCACGCCAUCGGUCAUGUGGACGACUUCAGCUCUCUGCAGCAGCAAGUCCUCGAGGGCUGCAGCCUGGUGCAGCGCAUGGAGACCACCCUGCAGGCCUGCCUUGGCCCACAGUUGCAAGAGGCGGGACAGAAGCAGAGCAAUGAGUUGAUCUUAGACUUCGGCUGCGUGAAGAGUCUUCUCUCCAACACGAAGACUCUGAGGCAGAUCCUGGAGGAGGCGAUGUCUCUGCUGAAAAUGUUCUGGAGAGCAGCUUUGCCCAGCACUGAUUCUUCUGUCCAAAACCUGAAGAAGGAGCAAUGCAUGCAGGAAGAGAUCUUGUCCCUGAAGCUGCGUGUGUCAGAGCAGGAGGAGGCUCUUAGAGGGACGAUUCAAAGACUGAGGAGCACCAGCCGCACCAAGGAGAGCAUGGAGCACUUCAUAGUCAACCAAUUGUCUAGGACUCGUGAUGUGCUGAAGAAAGCAAGAACUAAUUUAGAGAAGAACGAGCUGAGACUCUCCUCUCUAAGCUCCUCCUCUUCCUCCUCUUCUUAUGCUGCUGAGGACCCAGGAGGUGCUGCCAGAGAGCGGCCUGCUGAUCACAGUUUCCUGAAGAUCAGCUGUGCUCCUGGAACUGCAGCCAAUCAACGUCCAGCAGCGAGGAAGCGCAGCAGCCAAUGCCUGCUUUAGACUCUUUUAAAGAACCAGCCUAAAUGCCACCACCUCUGACCUCUUAAUUAAAUGAAAACAGCCACAACCCACCACCCCUCCCCCACACUUGCCUCUUACCCUUUGUCCCACCUUACCUCUGCCUUUAACUUCGUCCAGCCAUGAGAGUGCUUCCGACCUUCCCUUCUCCAGGCAACAUGUGCACCGUAUAAUCUGCACCUUUAGCCUUAUUAAACUCCCCUCAUCCCCCACCUGAGCUUAUUAUCUGCCUCCCCCCUCUCACACAUGAUGUGUUGUCUUUGAGUGUCACAGUCAGCAGUUUGCCUUGUCGAGUGUGUGACAGAAGAAAGUGUUUGAAACGUGUCUCUGGUGGUUUUAAGUGAUGUGUGUCCUACUGAUGGAGCUGGUGAAAGAUGCUCCUAGACACUGAUCUCAGACCAGGUGUGUGGUUUAAAUCAGGUUUGUAGCAAGCGUUUUAUAACAGAAAAUUGAACAAUAAAGGACCUAAUUGAGAAAUGUACCUAAAUAACAAUCCAUAGACUGGAGAGAAAUCUGCGACUUAAAAAAAAGUCUUUGACAAAAACCCUGGAUCUGUAGCUUUGAGCAUCUUCCCCUGAGAGCCAGACAGACUGUGGACAGAAAAGAUGGUCAUGCAUGUUAAAUAUUGGCUUGUGAGAGGAAUUCUGCACACAUGAACACACAUAGUAAAAAAAAAUAGCGACACGUGUGGUGGAACACAGCUCACUCAAAGACAACACAUCCUCAAACUUUGACUGCCACAGAAAUGCAAGUUUACUUCUUGUGGCACUUUUAUUAACAGGGACAAUUUAUUUAUUUUUUUGCAAGUGCAAUGCAAAAAAAACAGUGACUCUCAUGAAUGCAUCACUACACACCAUAAAGGAAUGUAGAGUAGUUGUGUACUAGCUAUAUCUGACUAUGAGGAGGAGGCUUAACAGUUGUUCAUCUGCCAUCAGCCAAGAGCAGAAAGAGAAGGCAGAAAAAGGUUCCAUUGGAGUGAAAUGCCUCCUUUUAUUUUCUUUUUAGGUCCUGGAGGUUUUCUUUUUGGCAUCUUACUACUGAAUGUUACACUACUGAUUGAGUCAAAUACAAGAAGGUCAAUUUUAAUGCAACGACCUUCAUCAAUGUGAUUUGUUGUGAUUUUAAAAGAAUGUACACCAUAUAUGUAGAGAAAAAGACGUCGUGUGCUCCACACAGGAAACAGGCUAAACGCGUAUUCAAGCUCCUCUGUAGGAGUUCUCAUACGAGCAUGUGCAAUAAUGAUGUUGUUUCUUGAAUGAUCAUGCUGCACUGGAUUUAUUUUAUUCUUUCUUUGCUUGUCACUGGAUUUAUUAGUCACUCUCAUCAUAUUGUGUAGGACAGGAUCUGUGAUAACGAUUGUACUUUUAGUCUGAAGUUUUGAUGCAUGACAGAGAUUGAAAAUGGUACAAAAUCGAAGCCAAUACUUGCCAAAGUUUGAACUUUGAAAUCUUAACUUUCACUUUGACUUGCCUUAUCCAUGCGAAUGACAAACCCAGGUCUGAUCAGACUGCGGGGAUUCUGAGGUAUCUUCUUUUAGAGGACCUCCAAAACCACAGAGAUGGUAACCGUUAGAUUAUUUCAAAUUGUGCGACAGAAAUGAGCUCCUUUUUUUUGGACCAAAACUCAGAAGAGUGGAUUACUUUCCCACAAGGCCAAAUGUUAUUGUCUCAAUGUUAUUUAUCUUGGUUCAGGCGGCGUUAGCAUUCCCAUGGCAAUGGCAACAUAGGUAAUGAAGUUCAUAGAUGAUGCAAACUUUGGCAGGCUACUGGUGGGAUCAUUGUUCUUUAAUUCACUCGUUUAUUCAGCUUCACUUUUAGUUUGAUGUGUCUUGCUGUACAUUUUGCCAUUUUAUGCUGUUAAUAAUUUGCUUUUUCUGUAUGAAAUUUUCUUCUGAGUGUGUGUGUGUGUGUGUGUGCGCUUGUGUGAAUACCAUCCAACAUUUGCUUUUUGCAAAGUUGAUUUUCUGGGUAGCUGUGCAAUAGCUUUAUAUCUUUAAUUUGAUGUUAAAGAUCAAAGUGUUACAAGUAUGUUUGCCACAUUCACCUUCUGCAAAGUGUGAGUUAUAUGCAGUGUGUGUUCGUAGGAUUGUGUCACUUUGAAAUCAAUUAGUCACAUAGGCCGAUAAGAAAUCACAAACUAUGCCUUCAUGAUAUCUAAGUCACUGAUCACAAUAUCCUCCUCCUAUAACAAUGCUCUGAUAAAUGUUGCUUCGCUUGCCUUUGAAUUUAGCUAGAGCUUCUUCACUCUGCUCUUGCUGGUAGAAAUGGCCUUCAACUAGCGGUGUCUACCUGAGAUUUUUGGAAUAAGGUUUUGUUUGCGCUCGAGGCUUCAGAAAGAGACUAAAAGAUGCCAAGUAUUUCAAUCCUUGUGGAAAGUUUGAUAUUGCCUUUUGAAAUAAAAGAAGUUAAAGGGAACUGUUUUGAAGAAUUGUCUACUGAUUAGAAUAAAGCCAGCAACUGGAAAGAUUGUUGGAUUCUUAAAGCACCUUGUAAGAGCGUAAACAAAGCCUUUUUGCUAUUUGUUACUAAAAAGGGAAUGAAACAGAAGUUUGAAAUGAUGUAGUGUUGAACCUGAGUUACGUAUGUAUAUAGUGCUAUUGGAUUGAUGCAGCUUCUAUGUGGUUGGAAAGCAGCUUUUUUUUUGUAAUGAACUAGAAAGCCGAUGCAGGACUCCUUUGAAUCCUGUCUCUGAAGACAGUUAACAGUUUGCUUUGUUGACAGAAGUAUUAUCAAUGAAAGAUUUUGAGACAGAUCGAAUAAAACACUUUUAAAGCGUG